AAGAAUAUUGACAGAUACAAAACAUAUAUAAUAUUGACAGAUACGAAACAGAUAUAAUAUCAUAUACAAAACAGAUAUAAUAUCUACAGAUUUAGAUAUAAUAUUAUAUACGAAACAGAUAUAAUACCACUUUUAACAAAUAGGCUCUAGGUUCUCAUUUAACACGGGUUCUUCAUGGGGAGCAAAUCCUUCUUGGUGAUACGAACCUGAGGUUAUAGUAGUCAUUAGUAGGUUUACUUGUUAAUAUUGUGCUUGUUAAUAGUUUUGUAAUGGUCACUUAGCGACAUAUUAUUGGUUUGACAAUUAUAAAUAGUAGUGAAAGCUUUGUAUUAGAAACCAGUUAUGAAAUAAUAUGAGAAUUGUUUGUUCUUCUAUAUGUUCUUGUUUCCUUGUUUUCUCUCUGUAAAUUCCUCUGUCAUUUACACCAUUCCUCCUACAAGGCCAUUCCUCCUGCAAGUUCAAGGUUCGAACGGGGUUCUAUCAAUUGGUAUCAGAGCUUUGAUCCUUAUUGUUCCCUUACUUUUUAGGUUAAGGUUUGAAAGAAGGAUUUCAAUUGAUCUUGAUUCCAGUUGAUUCCUAUGAUUCCUUCCUGGUCAACAAUUGUUCAUCUCACCGCUACCAUGAAUAAUCAGGCUUCACUGUGAAUUAGGUCUUCAUGUUUUUGGUUCCAUGGAUGACAGAUCUGACAAAUCAAUUUUUGCCGAGAAAUUCUCAAUUUCUGAAACCCAAUGUUCAAGAUCCAACAAGUUCACAAAAUACGAAGAUCUGAAUUUCGACCUUAAUCUUGCUUGCAAUCUCCACAUGCAAGAGACGAUUAGAUCAUCCGUUUCUGUUCACCAUUCCACUUCGCAAUAUACUCCGGUGAACACUAUUUUGAUUUCGGAUGACAAUGAUUUCAUUUACAAUUUGUUAAACCUAGAAUGCGCGGAUGUUGAACAUGGUAAGUUAUUGAUGAAACAAAUACGAACGAAUCUCAGCCGUCGGAUCCACGAUCAACAUAUCUCAAUCCAUAUCAUGAAGGUACUGUGUUCUUCUUCUUCCAGUAGUAAGAAGGUGUUUGGUGAAUCUCCCAGCCUAGGUGAACACAAGGUGUUUGAAAUUUUGUCUCAACAUGGUAUAGAAUCUUGUACACUUCACGCUAUAGACUCUAUGCAAAAAGAAGGAAAAUUUGGAUUUUUACUUCUAACUUUUGAUCCUGGUGGAGAGGAGGCCAUCACAUAUGCCCCAAAACAUAUCUUUGUAGAUAAUAAUGAUUUUGUUAUUACUGAUGUGUUGUCUUUGGAAAGAGAAGGAAUUAAAAAUGGAAUUGAUAUGGAAGGUGGAUUUGGAACCUUUACUGCUAGAAUGACAGAGAGGAAUGUAACUAUGAUCACCAAUAUUUUGAAUAUUGAUGCCCCAAUUAGUGAAUUGGUUGAUACACGAGGCCUUUUCCCUUUGUACUUGAGUUUAUAUCAUAGGGUUCCAUUCUAUGACAAUGUAUUUGAUUUGGCUCAUGCUGGGAGUAGAUUAGUUGUUGGUGAGAAACCAGAAAAGAAGGAAUUCUUAAUGAUUGACAUAGAUAGCAUUUUGAGGGCUGGAUUCUUUUGGUUGGAUAAAUUUUUUUGUGAGAUGGAUGAGACAUUUGACAAGCUCACAGAUUCUAUAAGAGUUGUGUUAGUUGCAAAGUAUGUUGCUGUAGGAAAUUUUCAACCUGAAGACAAGGGCCUCACAAUUGAAAUGGUCCAGUAUUUUUCAUUCUUCAAUAGAACAAACAAGCAUGUUAACAAAGGAGGUGUGACAUACACCAAUGUGUUUGAUGCAAGUCUUGAUCCACUCAUAUGGCCUCUAGAGAAAGCUGGAUACCUUGAGAUGGCAGUCAUAUUUGGAGAAGUUGGGUGUCCUACUGAUGGAGUUGAGAAUGCAAAUACACAAAAUACCAAGAGAUGCAACCAAGGCUUGCUUAGGUAUAUUUUGAGUAAAAAUGGAAACCCAGCUAGAAGAGGGACACUUGAAGUUUAUAUUUUCAGUCUUAUUGAUGAGAACGCGAAAAGUAUUGUCCUUGCAAGCUUUGAGAGGUUAUCAUUGGAGUUUACUGGAAAGCCAAAAUACGGAUUGGACUUUUCAGGUGGGGAGGAAAAUGAAGGUUUGGUACUAGUAGAGGGUGUGGAAUAUAGGCAGAGACAAUGGUGUGUCAUUGAUCCGCAAAUGGUAGAUUUGGCUGAUUUGGCUCGUAGCAUAGGCUAUUAUUGUAGUCUAUCAGAUUGCACUACCCUGGAUUAUGGGACUUCUUGUAAUUAUCUAAGUUGGCGGGGAAAUGUUUCUUAUGCUAUUCCUCUGUAUUAUCAGGUGAAUGAUCAGAAAAAAUGGGACUGUCAUUUAUCUGGCUUGGUUAUUGUCACAGUAGAGGAUCCAUGGGAUUGUGAGUUUCCUAUGAUGUUUGCUUAUGGAUAUUCUCUGACCCUUGAGUGGCAUUCUUGGUGGACAAUCUGUUGCCAAGGAAUUGUUUCAGUCAUUUUCUUUGUAUUGAAUACUCUUAUAUGGGACGAAAAAUCAUAUGGACUGUGCCAUUUGGCACUAUUUUGCUAUGGAGUUCUUAUGGUCUGGCUUAUCAGUUCCACUCGUGUUUUUGGGUAGCUAUGUUGGGGUUAGGAAACCAGCAAUUAAGGAUCCUAUGAAGGCAAAUAAGAUUCCAAGGCAAAUUAUUGAGUAGGCUUGAUACAUGAAUCCCGCAUUCUCAAUUCUAAUAGGAGGAAUACUUCCAUUUGGGGCUGUUUUCAUUAAGUUCUUUUUAAUUCUCAUCUCUAUAAGGCUAA